UGCAUCAGCUGUUAACGGCAAGAUGGCGAGUUGUCUGUCCGAAGCUCCCCCGGACGCGAUUCUGAGCGGGGGGCAGAGUGGUUCGAGGCGCUGCAGGGGGCGGCCGAGGCUGACGGACUCGGACCGGGCACAGAGGCGCCUGGAAUCCCGGAAGAAGUACGACGUCAGGAGGGUUUACCUGGGAGAGUCUCACAAGCUGUGGACCGAGCUGCGCAGACGCACCAGCCUGAGUGAUGCCGGGCUGGCCGAGUACCUGAUCCUGCUGAACUCCACCUACGGAGACCAGUACCAGCAGGAACACUGCAGGAAGAAGAGUGAAGGAGAAGUUACAGGAAGAGGGAAGAAAGGCAGGAAGCCGUCCGUGUCGAGGCUCAGCAGUCUGGUGCGGUGGUACCAGGAGCACUCGCAGUCGUGCCCUCACGAGCCGCAGCUCACAGCCCUGGAGGUCCAGCCCAGCCGCUCUGCCACAGCUGUCUGGCAGUGUGACUCUGACCACUCGUUUGUGCAGUACCUCUCCUCGCCACCGAGGGAGGCCAGCGACUCCGGAGAGGAGGGUGGCAGUGAUGGAGAAUGUUCUGCAGAGGAGAUGCUGGAGGAAGACUUGGAGGAAAAGAGGAAAUCUGACGAGGAACUUGGAGGUGCCGAGUUUUUUUUUUUGUUUUCACAUUUUUUUUGUUUUAUCCCUUUUUUAAAAGUACAUUUAAAAUUGUUUUGUGAAUCUUCUUCAUUUGCAGAGACAAAUGUUUGUGAGGAGUCAGCUGUGACGCUGACGGAAGAGGCUGAGAAGCCGCCCAGCCCAGAGGCCUCGUUCAGGGACCCCGCCACGACAGAGCAGCCCGUGUGGGACAUGGAGGCGUCGGCCUCCAUCCUCUCGGAGGAGGCGAAGGAUCGGAGGCGGAGCGCAGAGGAGCUAAAAGUUGAUGAACAGGAAAUCGGAAGUGUUGGAUGUGAUUACGUCGGUGUUCCGGCCUCCCUAAUCGACGAGCUUAAAGGAAACUCGGAGCUGGCGCAGAGCCUUACUGACUCCGCCCCUCUGGAUGCGCAGCUGGACGUCCCAGAGCAGACGGAGCUGUUGGAGCGUCACACUCUGCAGGCUGUGGUGAGCAGCUGUGAGAUUCCUGACCAGAGGACGGCUUCUGAGACCUCCCAGCUGAUUAUCAUCACCGGCCCCAGCUAUGAGGCUCUGGCUUCAGAGGGGAUCCAGCUGAACGUGAGCAGCGAAAACAUGGAGGAAGUCACCUGCACGGUCAUCGGAAAUGUCUCCUACAACCAGGUGUGCACACCUGAGCUAAAAACCCGAGGUGCGGAGGAGGAAGACUCUGAGGAAGGAGACAAACGGCUGCUGCCUCCAGCUGGGAGUCCUUCAGAGCUGAGUAGGGACAGAGAUCUGCAGAAGUGCAUGAGCAGUUGCAGAUCCAAAAGAAGCCGCCGCGGCCCGGUCGUGGAGCCUGACGGGAUGCUGAAGAUGUUCCACUGCCCCUACGAGGGGUGCAGUCAGGUGUACGUGGCCGUCAGCAGCUUCCAGAAUCACGUGAAUCUAGUUCACAGGAAAGGCAGGACCAAGAUCUGCCCGCACCCCGGCUGUGGGAAGAAGUUCUACCUGUCCAACCACCUGCACCGGCACAUGAUCAUCCACUCAGGAGUCCGAGAUUUCAUCUGUGAGACGUGCGGGAAGUCCUUCAAGCGGAAGAAUCACCUGGAAGUUCACCGGCGCACCCACACAGGAGAAACGCCGCUGCAGUGUGAGAUCUGCGGGUAUCAGUGCCGCCAGCGCGCCUCGCUGAACUGGCACAUGAAGAAACACACGCCGGAGGCGCACUACAACUUCACCUGCGAGUUCUGCAACAAGAGGUUUGAGAAGCUGGACAGCGUCAAGUUCCACAAGCUGAAGAGCCAUCCGGAGCGGCAGGAGACCUGAAGCAGUCGGAUCCACCGUUUCCAUCAGCACCUGCCGAGACCGAGGCCGCGUCCGAGCUUCCCUUUGUUGAGGCGUCACAGAAAGGAAAAGAGGCAGAAACACUCAGAGCAGAAAACAUCUGCUCAGCUGUUAACAGACCUCAUUGCUCUGCUGCGGUCAACACCAACACUGAAGCAGGAGAGUCAGUUUACAAACUCACACCAUUGCUUUCUGUCAUAUCAACAAAAUCCCAAACCUCUCUGACUGGACUGGACUGGUCCAUCCCAGCUCCAUCCAGUCAGAAUUGUCUUUUUUCUUCUGAAAUGUGUCCUUCUCUUCACAAUAGGAAAGCUAAUAUAAUCGCUUUUUAACUCCAUAACACUGGAAAAUGAUCAGCAACAGAAAAUAACACACGUUCUUCAAACUUCCCAAUUAAUGCAAUUCCAGUGGAUUCUGAAGCUGAGAAAAGGGAAUUUCAGUUCAAAUGAUUUAAAUUUCAGUUAACCUUAAACACACGUGUGAAACUCAAGGCCCGAGGGCCGGAUCCGGCCCUCCACAUCAUUUUAUUUUAUUGUUAUUAUCUUGCGCUUAUUUCUAACUUGUAUAAUUUUGACAAAAUAUAUUUUUAU